UAAGAUCGUUCGUGUUUUUGAUUUCCAUAUAAAAUGGUUUGAAUGUAGGAAUUAAUUUCUUUAGUCCGUUCUGUCGAUAAUCUUUUCGCGUUCUUCAAUACCGACCGAACUGACAGUUUUGUCUGGUGCCGUUAGGGGAAUUCAGCAAGUAAACGCGGUGCUACUAAAGUGUCAAGUAUACGAUGUGUUUUUAAAGAUUUUUUUGCAGCGUUGUUUUUGAUUUCUUAAAAGCCGUUUCGAAAUAGUAUUGCAUUUGGAUUCGAUUUUCUCAAAACGUACAAAAAUGAAUCCUGAUGUGCAGAAGAAGAUACUGCAGUUUGAGUCCUUCAUGAAUGAUGUUCUGAGGGCUGAUCUUGCCAAGCUCGCUGAAAAACUAGAUAGCAAGAAUGCAGAAAUGGCUGAAUUCCUUGAAUUGAAGAGUAUAAUAAAGACUCUUAAGGAUACCAAUGUUGAUAAAAGUGGUUUCAAGACAAAGGUGGAUAUGGGCAACAACUUUUAUAUCCAGGCAAAUAUAGAGGAUGCUUCAAAUAUUUUAUUGGAUGUUGGUCUUGGUCACUUUGUAGAGUUUAGUUUGGAUGAAGCUUUGACUGUCAUUGACGUUAGGUUAAAGCUUUUUCAAAGACAAAUUGAUAAUUUACGAAAGCAGAUUGCCAGGACCAAUGCUCAUAUUAAACUUGUUCUGAUUGGUAUAAAAGACUUGCAAGAUAUGACUUAGUUUAUAAUAUUAAUUCUGUCAAGUAGCGAUGAAGUUGUAAUUAUUAUUGUUACAUGAAUAUGGAACAUCGGUAACCAUAUGAACAUUAGUUUCUAUAUGGAUAUGUUAAUCUCAUGUAAAUACAUUUUUUCUAUUCAUUAA